AUGUCGGGCGUCCGGUCCCAGAACCCUUACGACAUCCUUGGCAACGAUGAGGUCGACGAGCCACAGCCGCCCGCCAAGGCCUUAGACAAAAAUGCUCCGCGCCACGGCAAACGCGAUGCCCCCGUGCAGCCCCGUGGCAGCAAUCCCGCUCUCGCCCGCGGUGGCCAGCGCUACUCCGGCAAUGAACGAGCUCUCCGAGACGGCGCCGCUGGCUCUCGUGCCAACCGCUCCCGCCCGACCGAAGACGAGCCUCGCUCGGGCCCCGCCCAUGUCGGUGGCACCAAGAACCGUGACCAGCGCGGCCACCUCAUCCGUGACGACCGUCGCUCCAAGACCGACCGGACCAUCACCGGAAAGCAGCUCGACCAGGGCUGGGGCGCGACCACCGGCGAGUCCAACAUGACGGACGAGAAGGCCGGCGAAGCCAUCGCGAAGAACGACGAGAAGGAAGCCGCCGCGGCGGCGGCCGAGGAGGGUGAAGGCGGCGCCACGCCCGACGACAAGGAGCCCGAGCCGCAGGACAAGACCAAGUCCUACGCCGACUACCUGGCCGAGCUGGACCAGAACAAGCGCGACGACCUCGGCAUCAAGGAGGCCCGCAAGCCCAACGAGGGCGCCAAGGUCGACAAGAAAUGGGCCGCCGCCAAGGAGUUCAAGCGCGACGACGAGGACGACGACUACAUCAAGGGCCGCGAGGAGAAGGCCAGGCGCGAGAAGCAGCGCAAGGAGAAGAACGUGCUGGACGUCGACAUGCGCUUCGUCGAGCCCGCCCGCCGCGGUGGUGACUUCCGAGGCCGUGGCCGUGGCGGCGCUGACCGCGGCGGUCGUGGAGGAGGAGGAGCUCGUGGCGGUGCCCCCGGCGGCGGUCGUGGCGAGUAUCGUCCCCGCGGUGGCGCUGGUCCCCAGGGCCCGACCGUCGACGAGCGGAACUUCCCCUCUCUCGGCGCCAAAUAA